AUGGCGCCCAGCGGUGCAACGGAGGUGAUCCAACUGAGCUCGGACGAGGAGGAGCCCGCGCCCGCCGCCGGUACCACGGCGCGCCGCACCGCGCCCACCUCCUCCUCCGCCGGCUCCUCGUCCUCCGCCUCCUCCGCCACCGCUGCGGCCGCCUCCUCCUCCGCCGCCUCCGCCUCCUCCUCCGCCAGCGGCGCCUCCGCCUCCGCCUCCGCCACGCGCACCGACGUCGACCUGACGAAUGCCACCGAUCCCGCGCCGCCCGCCAUCCCUCCGGAGCACAUCUGCGUCCUCUGUCGCACCUUUGUCCCGCGCGGCCCGCUGGCGUACGUGCUGAACGAAUGCCGGCAGUCGGGCUGCCGGCAGCGGCACCACCGCCGCUGCCUCGCGGCGCACGUCGUCGCCGAGCUCGGCGAAAAGCUCGCUGCAGACAUCGGGUGCCCUUCCUGCGGCAAGCCCCUCUCCAUCCGCGACGUGACGGAGCUGUCCAAGAGCGACUCCGCCGCUGGCAGCAGCAGCGGCGGAGGCGGAGGCGGCGGCGGCGGCGGCGGCGGAGGAGGAGGAGGAGGAGGAGGCGGGGUGCCUCGGGGGCAUGGCCAGCCAGCCUCGAAGCGGCAGCGAGGCGGGGGAGCGGGGGGAGGGGGAGGCGGCGGAGGCGGCGCGUUCGGUCGCGCGGCUGGCUCUCAAGGGGCCAUCAAGCGGAUCAUGCGGGAGCUUCAGGCGCUGCAGCGGUCCGACACCGCUCACGGGCAAGGCAUCUCUGUCUCCGUGCCGGACGACUCGGACGCGUACCAUUGGGAAGCUGGCACGCCCCUCGCAGCCGACCUGAAGCGAGUGCCGGGCAGACGCGUCGUCCUCUCGGUCCGCUUCCCCUCCUCCUUCCCGUCGGCGCCGCCGUAUGUGCUCCUCGGCAUCCGCACGAACAUGCUCGCGGGCGGCGCCCGCAUCGACCCGAGCAGGCGAAACAGAGAGAGAUGCCGCCGAGAGACCAAGAGGCGCGACGACUACUCCGAGGCGGAGGCGAGGGAGGCGUUCAACCGCAUGGCUAGGCAGAAGCUGACUACGGCCCUGGCCGCGCCGGAGCCAGUGCGGGCGUUCGACCUCGCCGUCCUGAUCGCGGCUGAGGAGCGGCACGAGGAGGAUGUCGGCGAGAUAAGAGAGAAUAUUGACCAGAGCAUCGCCGAGCUCGCGGAGCGAUCGUCGACGCGUGUGCGCCUCGCUGAGCUCGUCGGAAGCGCUGCGGACGAGCAUGCAGUCGCUGCGGCGGUCGGCGCAACGCUCUUUGGCUCUGGCGCGCCCGACGACGACGGAUCUGCCUUCUUCGCCGGCUCGAGCGAGGCCGAUUACUACGAUCCGGCCAACUCGUUUGUCGACGCGGUGCUGCAGCGGAGGGUCGGCAUCCCCAUCUCGCUGGGACUCGUCUACUGCGAGUGCUGUGAGAGGCUCGGGCUACCGAUGGUGGGCCUGAAUGCGCCGGCGCACCUGCUGGUAGCGCCCGCGGACCGCAGCUUGGGCUUUGUGGUUGACGCGUUUGGAGGCGGCUCGAUCCUUGACGCGGACGGCGCGGCGGAGCUGGUGGCGCGCAACGCGGGCAUGACCUUCGACUACGCGCUCGGCGGGCGCACUGUCGACGGCGGCCUCCAGCGCGGCCGGAUCCUGCUGCGCAGCCUGCGGCAGCGGCCGAUGACGCCGGCGAUGUGGUGCAGCAGGAUGCUGCGCAACCUGCUCGCGGUUCACGCGGCGGCGGGCGACGUCGUGCGCACGCUCGGCGCGACCGAGCGGCUGCGGAUCGUGGGGGAGGCGCACCCGUCGGCCACAAGCCCGCGCGAGCAGCGCGAGUGCGCGGUGCAGCUCGCCGCGUGCUUGCGCACACUCCGCUGGGAGGCGCGGCGGGAAGAGGCGGCCGCGCUCCUCGCCGAGGCGCUUCAGGGCGCUGCGGGCGGAGAGUCGGCGGCCCGAGCGGCGGCGGGCGGCGGGGAGGGAGACCGCGCCUCGCUGCUCGCGGCGCGGCUGCUGGAGGAUGACCAGGAGGGGUUCUUCGCGAUGGGCAAGGGUGCGUAGAGUUCAUUCAAGUCGCGGCGGACGCAUCUUCGUUCGCGGAUUUUGUGUGCGAGACCGAGAGAGAUUCCACAGACGCACUAUCCACACAUAAAACGCAGGUACAUCUCGC